AUGUUUAUGAAAACACACAAUAUAAUCGGUAUAGUAGUACUUUACAUAAGCAAGAUAUCUGCUAAAAACGGUAUAGCAAAUAUUGAAAAACUGUUCAUAGAUGCUAAGUGUGAAGGGAAUGAUAUGCUUUUACAAAAAAUGGAUAAUACUUGGACGAGAUUCUCUUGUUCUUCUGGGGAAACCUGUUCAUCUCUUAAUGGGAAGGUGCAGUGUGUUUCAGACAAAAGCAUGAUAAAAAUAAGCACAGUAACUAUAACCCUACCAAGCAACAUAGAACCCACGGUUACCAUAAAGCAUCCAUCUACUAAUAAUAGAUUUAACAGUGAUAGUGGGAGUAAAUCCAGCAGUAAUCAGAAUAAUAGCUGUACAGAUAACUGA